CACAUGCAACCUGUUCGAUUGGGUUCGGCAUUCCUAAUAUUACUAAGAUGACAAACAGUAAACAUGAAGGUUGGAAGUUUUACGUGAAUGUUGUACAUUCAUUAUGUACAACAUUUGUUAAAAAAUUUGCUGUACAGAAGUUGGUCAUUUAACAUCAAAAGAAUAUCUGGUGAUAAAAUGGGAAGACAUUCUUUAAUAAGUAAGAGAAAGAAGAGGCAAGAAAACAGAAGAAGAAACAGAAUGCAAAAGGCAAGGCUCCGGCAGUUAAAUGAGAGUUCAGAGGCAUUUAAAGAUUUCAAUCAAGAAAACAUAGAGAAAGUUGAACAAGAGGAGGAAACUUUAUUAGGGAAAGUGGAGGAGGCAGAAAGGGAAGUAAAUGUGCAGUGUAGGGAGGAUGGCAUAUUUAUAGAUGACACCUGUAUAGAGAAAAGAAACACCUACAAGACAGCAAAGGAGUUAUUUGGGAAUGGAGACAGGGAAACAGUUAAAUUGUGCAAGAUGUUGGAUGAUGAAAGAGACAAAAGGGAGAAGCUCUUAAAAUUUACCAACUAUUGUAUUCAUUUAGUUAAGAGUAGAAAAAAAUGCAAAUUUUGUUGAAAAUUUUGACUAUAUUAUUUUCAAUGUUUUUACAUUAGGUACGUGUAUGAGUGAACAUAUCAAAAUUCUUGAGUUCUUAGCACUAUAUCCUUUCACUUUGCUUUUCGUAAUUUUUUUUUUUUUUUAGUUUUUUAAGAGAAACAAAACAAAAAAAAUUGGCUGUGUUGAUACAUGUACUCCAGUUAUUAGUAUUGUUUUGGGGGGGGGGGGGGGGUUAUUAAUUUUUUUCCUGUUGAAAUCAUAUUUUAUUUUUUUUGGAAAAGUUUAUUUUGAUAAGCAAUUAAACAUGUCGGGGAAACAAAAACUCUCAUUUUCCCAUCAAGCUCAGCGGAAAAAAAUGUCGAGAAAAGAAUGUCCAGGAUGUAAACAAUCAUUUACUUCUAGAUAUUUCCAACAGCACAGAGAAAGAAACUUCUGUAAUAAUCAAUGGAUUUGUUCCAAAUCUAGAUCUGUCUUUGAAAAUAUUGAAUUUUCAUCUCAUGAGGUCAUUGAGGAAUUAUCUGAUAGUUCAUCAGAUGAAAAUGUAUCUUCUCAUAGAUUACAUGAUGUUUUUCAAUCCUAUUUAUGAAAAAAAAAAUAUGAAAAAAAUUGUGACACAGACUCUGAAAGUGAAGAUGAGGUUUGGAAUAGCACAAGUUUAGAGGAUAUAGAUUUAGACCUUCAGAUGGAGGAGUUUUGUGGAGAAAAUGGAAUUAAUGAUGGAACUGUUCCAAACCCAAACAUGAAGCUUGGGACACUUUUGAUGUGGUUAUGUAUAUUUAUAUGUACUUGGCAAUCCAUUUUCAUGCUGCCAGACUCUGUUAUAAACAGCCUUCUCUCAUUUUUGCAUACAUUUUUUUGUCAAAUAGGAAGAGAAUCUAUAGCAUUUUCAAGUUUAGCCGCCAUCUUUCCAGGUUCAGUUUAUUUGUUGUGGAAAAAAGUAGGCUUGAAAAGAGACAAUUUCACAAAGUAUGUUGUGUGCAGAAAAUGCUUUUCGAUUUACAAGUAUAGUGAAUGUUUAUUGACUUUAGAGGGUCAAAUUGUUUCAGCAAAAUGUCCUUUUGUGGAAUAUCCUAACCAUUCACAACCAGCAAGGCGAAAACCAUGUGGGGAGCUAUUGUUGAAAUCUGUAACACUUUUAGAUGGUACAAGAAAACUUUAUCCUUUUAAAUCAUAUUGUUAUAAACCUAUUCGUGAAUCUUUGCAAGAUUUGAUUAAGAGGCCAAGGUUUGAAGACCUCUGUGACCAUUGGCGAUCAAGGAAAAAGUCACCCGGGUUUCUAACAGAUAUUUAUGAUGGGAAUGUCUGGAAAGAGUUUCAAAGUACAGAAAAAAUAAUUUUUUAUGCCAUCGAAAUAAUUAUGGUUUAAUGUUGAAUUUAGAUUGGUUUCAGCCGUUUAAGCACGUUAAAUAUUCUGUUGGUGUAUUAUAUGCAGUUAUUUUGAAUUUGCCUAGAAGUGAACGGUUUAGAUUGAAGAAUGUAUUGCUAAUAGGUGUUAUUCCAGAUUUAAAACAUGAACCUUCUGUAAAUAGUUUCAUAACACCUCUUGUUAAUGAACUUAAAGUAGCAUGGUCGCAGGGAUUUCAGUUGGCUUCAUAUAAGAGUCUUCAUGUAAAAAAGAAUUUUAAAGUUACGCUUAUGUGUGUUGGAUGUGACAUUCCAGCAACACGUAAAUUGUGUGGGUUUUUGGGUCAUUCUGCAACAUUAGGUUGCUCAAAAUGUUUCAAAAAAUGUCCAGGUGGUGUAGGCAAAAAAGACUAUUCAGGUUUUGAUGUUGAUAAUUGGCCAGCAAGAACAUUGAAUGAUUAUAAUUUAUCUAUGAAAGUUGUAAGAAAAGCCAAAACUCAAACAGAGAAAGAAAAACUUGAAGCUUCUCAUGGAGUUAAAUAUUCAGUAUUGAGUGAAAUUGAUUAUUUUGACCCAAUAAGAAUGUCCAUUGUUGAUCCAAUGCAUAAUUUAUUUCAAGGGACUGCUAAAAAGAUGAUGAAAUUAUGGCUUCAUUUAAAGGUUUUGCAUUUAGAUCAAUUAAGUUUGAUUCAGCAAAAAGUUGAUUCAGUUGAUGCAGCAAGCAACAUAGGGGCUAUUCCUAGAAAAAUUGCAUCCUCGUUUGGAGGAUUUACCGCUGAGCAAUGGAAAAAUUGGACAAUUUUUUUCUCAAUUUUUGCACUAGUAGAUAUUUUACCUAAAACAGAUUUGGAGGUAUGGCGAAAUUUUGUUUUAGCUUGCAGAACUCUAACCUCUAAAUUUAUUUCAAAUGUAGAAAUAGCUAGAUUUGAUAGGUAUGUUAUUGAGUUUUGUAAAGGUGUAGAAAGAGUUUAUGGUGUUUCAAGUAUAACACCAAAUAUGCAUAUGCAUUGUCAUUUAUCACAGUGUGUGCUUGAUUAUGGUCCCAUUUACUCAUUUUGGCUUUUUAGUUUUGAAAGAUAUAAUGGUCAUUUGGGAAGUAUGCCAAACAAUAGCAGAUCUAUAGAAAUGCAGCUUAUGAGAGGUUUUUUAAGAGAUUCUUUUGUACAUUCUUUGCAAUUCCUUGGUUUAUAUUUUGACAAAUUUAAGAAACAUUUUCCAAAUGUGACAGAAUUAUGUUCUGACAGAAUUCAUUCUGAUUCAGAUAUUUUGAAAAUUUUGUAUAUGUCGAAAAGAAGUGCCCAUAUUGUUGGACAGGAUUGGCAAAUUUGUUCUGCUUUUUCAUGUCAGAAGACAUCAUGUCAUGUAAUGUGUUCAGCAAACUUUGAUAUGUUACAGAAAACAUACAGACAUAUUUAUCCAGAUCUUCAUGAACAUAUUGAAUGCAUUCCAAAGUCCUUCAGAAAAUGUUCCUUCAUAUCUCUUGGUGGAGAAGUUUAUGGUUCUGUUCAAUCUCGUCACAAGCGUUCCUCAUUUGUCAUGGCUUACUGGCAUUCCAACGAUGGAAAUAUCAUUGAAGAAGUUGGAACAGGCGACCUUCAUCCUGGAGUGAUUCAAUAUUUUCUUCAACACAACCUUAUCGUUGGAAAUGAAAGCCGUGUUCACUUAUUUGCAAAAGUGUUUUGGCUUGUGCCACUCCCGAAUGUGUAUAAAUAUCACUGUGGGAAGCCUGUUGAGUUGUGGAGACAGAAUGUUUAUGAAACUUUUGGGCCUUCUGCUUUCAUUCCAGUUCAGAGAAUCAGUUGUAAAUACAUAUGUGCUGAUGGUAUGCUUUUUAACAAGAAUGUAUCUUACAUCUGUCCUGUUAUUAAAGGGGUUAAUGUAUGAACAAAAUGCAAGGUUGAUGUAUUUUACUGUAUCGAUAGAUUGAGGUAUUUCAAAACAAUGUUUUAUGUGAUAUAUUGGUAAGCAAAAUCGGAAUAUUUUUGUCUUUAGCCAGUUGGUAUGAGCCAUCUUGGAAGGAUGCACGUCCUGUGCCAGUUGGCAUCAGCCAUCUUGGAAGGAUGCACGUCCUGUGCCAGUUGGCAUCAGCCAUAUUGGAAGGAUGCACGUCCUGUGCCAGUUGGCAUCAGCCAUCUUGGAAGGAUGCACGUCCUGUGCCAGUUGACAUCAGCCAUCUUGGAAGGAUGCACGUCCUGUGCCAGUUGGCAUCAGCCAUCUUGGAAGGAUGCACGUCCUGUGCCAGUUGGCAUCAGCCAUCUUGGAACAGGAUAUGUGGCUAAUUUCAUGUAUUCAUGUAAUGUUUGUGAAAACCUUUAAUGUACUUUAAUACCUGUGUUUCCUAACAUUUGAAUUGUUGGACAUACAUGUACCAUGGCUAUUUCGGUGAUAUGAAGACGUAUAUAGAAAUGUUUUCCCAAAAUGUUGAAGGGGAGGUCAUAUUUUUGAUUAUUUAUGCUUAAAAGAGACGUAUGCAAUAAACGAAAAUAAAACCUGUU